UUAUAAAUAGAAACAGUGAGAUUUUCAGUUCGACUCCACGAAACUGAAAUUGAGGCUGUGUGUGUAAAGGGAAAAAAAGGCGAGGAGAAGAGAAGGUCUGAUUCACGUGGAAUUAUAUUGAAUUAUCGAAUUUUGAAAGUUUUGAUGAUCGACCGAGCGACGACGUAGCGAUCGAUACAGGAAACGAGCAGGAUUAGAGCCCCAGGAUGGCGGAAGCCGAGGGGCGAUCGGAGCAGGAUGAUGUCUCGUUCUUACGCACGGAAGACAUGGUCUGUCUUUCGUGCACGGCCACGGGGGAGAGAGUGUGCUUAGCAGCUGAGGGUUUCGGCAACAGACAUUGCUUUUUGGAGAAUAUCGCCGAUAAGAACAUACCUCCGGAUCUAUCGCAAUGCGUCUUCGUAAUCGAGCAGGCCCUCUCGGUGAGGGCCUUGCAGGAAUUGGUGACUGCGGCGGGCAGCGAAACUGGAAAAGGUCCGGGAUCAGGGCACCGUACUCUUCUGUACGGUAACGCGAUUCUGUUGCGCCACCAGAACAGUGAUAUGUACUUGGCAUGUCUUUCAACAAGCUCUAGUAAUGAUAAGUUGGCCUUCGAUGUCGGCUUACAAGAACACAGCCAAGGUGAGGCCUGUUGGUGGACCGUCCAUCCUGCUAGCAAACAAAGAUCUGAAGGUGAAAAGAUUCGCGUCGGAGAUGAUCUUAUUCUUGUUUCCGUGGCAACUGAAAGAUACUUGCAUACAACGAAAGAAAACGAGUUGUCAAUCGUGAAUGCCAGCUUCCACGUAACCCAUUGGUCUGUCCAGCCCUACGGAACAGGAAUUUCCCGUAUGAAGUACGUGGGUUACGUUUUCGGCGGAGACGUCCUGCGUUUCUUCCACGGGGGCGACGAAUGCCUAACAAUACCAUCGACGUGGACCAGAGAUCCGGCGCACAACAUCGUCAUUUAUGAAGGAGGUAGUGUUAUGUCUCAAGCUCGAUCUUUGUGGCGUCUGGAAUUGGCGCGCACCAAAUGGACCGGUGGUUUCAUCAACUGGUUCCAUCCAAUGCGUAUCAGGCAUUUAACAACCGGUCGUUAUUUGAGCGUCAAUGAAAACAAUGAACUUUGUCUAUUAGGCCGAGACGAAGCGACGACCGCUUUUUCGACUUUCUGCUUGAGACAGGAAAAAGACGACCAGAAGGUGGUGAUGGAAGACAAAGAUCUUGAGGUGAUCGGAGCUCCGAUCAUCAAGUACGGUGAUUCCACCGUGAUCGUUCAACACUCGGAAACUGGCUUGUGGCUUUCAUACAAGUCUUACGAAACGAAGAAAAAGGGAGUCGGCAAGGUUGAAGAGAAGCAGGCUGUACUCCAUGAAGAAGGAAAGAUGGACGACGGCUUGGACUUCAGUAGGAGUCAGGAGGAAGAAUCGAGGACGGCGCGUGUCAUCCGUAAAUGCAGUUCGCUCUUCACUCAAUUUAUAACCGGCUUGGAAACACUGCAGAUGAAUCGAAGACAUUCAUUGUUCUUCGCUACCGUUAAUUUGAACGAAAUGGUCAUGUGCUUGGAAGACUUAAUCAAUUAUUUCGCUCAGCCCGAAGAUGAUAUGGAGCACGAAGAAAAGCAAAACAGAUUUAGGGCUUUGCGAAACCGUCAGGACUUAUUCCAGGAGGAAGGAAUUCUCAAUUUGAUUCUCGAAGCUAUCGACAAGAUCAACGUCAUUACCUCCCAAGGUUUCUUGGCAGCUUUGGCCGGCGAUCAAAAUUGGGAAUUGAUUUCCGGUUACCUAUAUCAGCUUUUGGCUGCUAUAAUCAAAGGAAAUCACACAAAUUGCGCACAAUUCGCAAACUCGAACCGUUUAAAUUGGCUUUUCUCGCGUUUGGGUUCUCAAGCUUCAAGCGAAGGUACCGGUAUGCUCGACGUACUCCAUUGCGUUUUGAUUGAUUCCCCAGAAGCUUUGAACAUGAUGAAGGAUGAGCAUAUCAAAGUUAUUAUUUCUUUAUUGGAGAAACAUGGAAGAGAUCCGAAAGUUCUGGAUGUCUUAUGCUCUCUAUGUGUUGGUAACGGCGUGGCCGUUCGUGGAUCGCAGAAUAACAUCGCCGAUUUCUUAUUGCCCGGGCAGAAUUUGCUACUGCAAACCCAAUUGGUGGAUCAUGUAGCAAGUGUUAGGCCUAAUAUCUUCGUUGGUCGCGUGGCUGGUAGUGCAAUUUACCAGAAGUGGUAUUUUGAGGUAACUGUGGACCAUUUGGAGCAGACCACUCACAUGAUGCCUCACUUGAGAAUAGGUUGGGCUAACUCGAAAGGCUACUUACCUUAUCCAGGAGGCGGUGAAAAGUGGGGCGGAAACGGUGUUGGUGAUGACUUGUACUCAUAUGGUUUUGAUGGCGCAUUCCUUUGGAUGGGUGGCAGAAAUACUAGAGUUGUGGAGGAAGCAUCAGAGCCUUUUAUUAGAAAAAAUGAUGUUGUCGGCUGUGCCUUAGAUCUUACAGUACCUGUAAUCUCUUUCACGUUCAAUGGACGUCCAGUCAAGGGUAGUUUCAGGAACUUCAAUUUGGACGGCAUGUUCUUCCCCGUAAUUAGUUGCUCUUCGAAAUUAAGUUGUCGCUUUUUGCUCGGCGGAGACCACGGUAGGUUGAAGUACAUGCCACCGGAAGAGUUCUCUCCUUUAGUCGAAAGUUUACUACCUCAGCAAGUGCUCAGUUUGGAUCCCUGCUUCUAUUUUGGUAAUAUGAACAAAUGUGUAUUGGCUGGACCACUCGUCGUCGAAGACGACACUGCGUUUGUGCCAAAUCCCGUAGAUACUUCCAUGAUAACAUUGGCCAAUUACAUAGAUUCAAUUAAAGAUAAAUUAGCAGAGAACAUCCACGAAAUGUGGGCUAUGAAUAAGAUCGAAGCCGGAUGGAUGUGGGGCGAAUACAGAGAUGAUAUGAACCACAUUCAUCCAUGUUUGGUGCCUUUCGAUAAGCUUCCGCCAGCUGAGAAACGAUACGAUUCGCAAUUAGCGGUACAAACAUUGAAGACAAUCUUGGCUCUUGGUUAUUAUAUAACUAUGGAUAAACCUCCAUCAAGGAUUAGAAGUAUUCGUUUACCGAACGAACCAUUCAUGCAGGCUAACGGAUAUAAACCAGCGCCUUUAGAUUUGAGUGCUAUCAACUUGAACGUGAAAAUGGAAGAGCUGGUGGAUCAACUGGCCGAGAACACCCACAAUCUCUGGGCUAAAGAGAGAAUCCAACAAGGUUGGACUUAUGCUCUGAACGAAGAUCCUGAGCUGUGCCGCAGCCCACAUUUGGUACCUUACUGUAAAGUCGAUGAUGCCAUUAAGAAGGCUAACAGGGACACGGCUUCGGAGACUGUCAGAACUUUGCUGGUUUACGGUUACAUAAUUGAUCCACCAACUGGUGAACAGCAAGAUGCCCUUUUGGCCGAAGCUAUAAGGUUGAGGCAAUCGGCUUUCCGAACUUAUCGAGCGGAAAAGAACUAUGCUGUCAGUUCUGGUAAAUGGUACUUUGAAUUUGAAAUUCUGACAACGGGACCCAUGAGAGUCGGCUGGGCCAAGGCGGACUGUGCUCCCGGAUGCAUGCUUGGCUCCGAUGAAAACACAUGGGCUUUUGAUGGUUACAAUGAAGAAAAAGUGUAUUGCAAUUCGGCGGAAUCUUUUGGAAAGCAAUGGCACGUCGGAGACGUCGUUGGCGUCUUUCUUGAUCUCAUCGAUCACACCAUUAGUUUCUCGUUGAACGGCGAACUCUUGAUGGAUGCGUUAGGUGGUGAGACCACCUUUGCUGACGUCCAAGGGGAUAACUUCGUGCCAGCGUUCACUUUAGGCGUUGGUCAAAAGGCCAAAUUGUGCUUUGGUCAAGAUGUUACCAUGCUCAAGUAUUUCACCUCGUGCGGUUUGCAAGAAGGCUAUGAACCAUUCUGCGUUAACAUGAAUAGGGCCGUCACCUAUUGGUACACGAAAGACCAACCGAUCUUCGAGAACACCGAUGAUAUGCCCGACACCAAAAUCGAUGUUACCAGGAUUCUGGCUGGAUCUGAUACUCCUCCAUGCCUGAAGAUUAGCCACAACACUUUCGAGACCAUGGAAAAAGCCAAUUGGGAAUUCCUGAGGCUCAGUUUACCAGUCAUCUGCCACCCAAUGUUCAUCAGCGAGGAGGAGAAGAUGCGGCGCUGGCAAGAAAUCAAAAUUCGCCAAAACCGUUUGAGAAUCGAAGCCGAAAAUCAGCAAACACCAGCUCAUAUCGAACAGAUCAUGAAGAGUGGAUUCUCAAUGAGCGAUAUUAAAGGGUUGCAUAGGAACUAUUCAGAAGACGCGGUGGAAGCUGAUGAGAUGAUCAAGCCACCAGUAAAGACCAAGAAUUUACCGUCACGUCCUCCACGGAAAUUAUCUCUUUCUAGAAGUCCACAAUACGAAACUGAAGGUUCGAAUGUACCACAAUCAAAAUUAUUACACCGAUCUACGAGCGAUUUAGAAAUCGACAAGGUCGACGACAAGAAGAAGCGCGGCAGAUCUCCUUUCAGAUUCUUUUCGCGAAAACGCGAGGGGGCAAGCAGUGGCGAACGAGUCAAGAUUGCAAAAUCUAAAACGCCUGAGCCUGAGAUGGUUGAUAUCAUGAAUCUAGCUCCGAAACCAACAGUGUCCGGUAAUCUUCUUUCGAGAUCUCCAACUAUCAAACAAUCGCAGAUGGAUUUGCUCCAGAACCAACAGCCGCAACAGAAGCAAUUAUCGAUUCCUACAGCCUCGGACGUCGAGUCCAUCGGCAACGAAAUUUUCGAUUCUGAAUGUUUGAAACUCAUCAACGAGUAUUUCUAUGGUAUUCGAGUAUUUCCUGGCCAAGAUCCUACUCACGUUUACGUUGGAUGGGUUACCACGCAAUACCACUUGCACAGUAAAGAUUUUAACCAAAGUCAAGUGCUUAAGAGCUCGGUGAUGAUUGUAGAUGAUUACGAUAGAUACAUCGAUUGCGUUGAUCGUCAAUCAUGUUACAUGGUGAGAGCUGAUGAGUUAUAUAAUGAAGUUACUCAAGAUGCUUCCGGAAAAGGUGCAUCUCAAGGUAUGUUCAUUGGAUGUUUCGUGGACGCUGCCACUGGUAUCAUAUCAUUUACUUGCGAAGGAAAGGGAACUAAGCAUAAGUUCAAGAUGGAACCUGAAACUAAGUUGUUCCCAGCAAUUUUCUUGGAAGCAACCAGCAAGGAAUGCUUGCAAAUUGAAUUAGGUAGAACAGCUACUAGUUUACCUUUAUCCGCUGCCGUUCUGCAGAACAGCGCUAAGCACGUAAUACCCCAAUUCCCACCGAGAUUGAAGGUGCAGUGCUUGAAACCACACACUUGGGCUAGAGUUCCAAACCAAAGCUUGCAAGUGCACGCAUUGAAAUUAUCAGAUAUUCGUGGUUGGUCCAUGCUUUGCGAAGAUGCCAUUUCAAUGCUAGCUCUUCACAUCCCAGAAGAAGAUAGAUGUAUCGACAUCUUAGAGUUGAUCGAGAUGGACAAAUUAUUAUCUUUCCACGCUCAUACUUUAACAUUGUAUGCAGCACUCUGCUACCAAAGCAAUUACAGAGCGGCACAUGCCCUCUGCAAGCACGUCGAUCAAAAGCAGUUGCUUUAUGCAAUAAAAUCAGAAUACAUGAGUGGACCUCUUCGUCAAGGAUUCUACGAUCUUCUCAUCGCCGUACAUUUGGAGUCCACAGCAACCACAAUGGAGGUAUGCAAAAACGAAUACGUAAUACCAUUGGGGCCACAAUUGAAAGAGCUCUAUGAUGAUCCUGAGAUGGGUCAUAGCUUAAGGAAAUUACAAAUGGAAUCCGUUAGGCCACAAAUGAAAAUGACCGAUAUUACUGAAAGCAUUGAUAAUAUACAGAAUCUCUAUUCGCCUUACUUCCCACUAGACGUGGUGCGUAAUUUCGUUAUGCAGGCUUUGAAUGAAGCAGUGGAAAUUAACCAGGUCCACAACAGAGAUCCUAUCGGAGGUUCAAAUGAAAAUUUAUUCAGGCCUUUGCUUAAAUUAACUGAUCGAUUGCUGCUGGUUGGUAUGCUCAACGAUGAUGACGUCGAUAAGCUUCUCAUCAUGAUUCAUCCAGAAACUUGGUGUAAUACAUUCGAGAAAGAAGGAAAGGAUGAGCAUCGCAAGGGAUUAUUGCACAUGAAGAUGGCAGAAGGUGCUAAAUUGCAAAUGUGCUAUCUGCUCCAACAUUUGAACGACAUUCAACUCAGACAUCGCGUUGAAUCUAUAAUAGCAUUCAGCCACGAUUUUGUUGGAGAACUUCAGGCUGAUCAGCUGAGACGUUACAUCGAGAUCAAACAAUCAGAUUUACCAUCAGCUAUCGCCGCCAAAAAGACAAGAGAGUUCCGUUGUCCACCACGAGAACAGAUGAAGGCAAUUCUUGGAUUCAAGAACUUGGAAGAGGAUGACAAAGAGAACUGUCCUAUCGGAGAAGACUUGUGCGGAAAAAUGAACGAUUUCCACGAGAAGUUGAUGCAUCACGUAUCUUUGAAAGCAUUAGAGGCUCCACCUGAAGAUGAAAAUGCCGGUGAACAAGGAAGGAGUGGACCUAUCAAGAAGUUGUACAAUUUCAUAAACGCAGUAAAGGAAUUGGAGAUUGAACCCAAAGAGGAGCCGGAACCUGAAAAGAAAACACCGGAAGAAACUUUCAGAAAAGUCUUGAUAGCCACCAUUGUCAAAUGGGCCGAGGAGGCGCAGAUCGAAAUACCGAAAUUGGUUCAAGAAAUGUUUAGCUUAUUGGUGCGACAAUACGACGCUGUUGGAGAAUUGAUUCGCGCUCUUAGCAAGACCUACGUUUGCAACGCGAAGACAAAACGCGAUGUUGCUGAAAUGUGGGUCGGAUUGAGUCAAAUCAGAGCCUUACUUCCUGUGCAAAUGUCGCAAGAGGAAGAGGAACUCAUGAGAAUGAGGCUAUGGAAAUUGGUUAAUAAUCACACAUUCUUUCAACAUCCCGAUUUGAUUCGAGUUUUGAGAAUCCACGAGAAUGUAAUGGCAGUUAUGAUCAACACAUUGGGAAGAAGAUCUCAAGCCCAAUCCGAUGCUAGUGUACAAGCACAAGCAGGAGAAGGCGAAGUCGUUGUUAAAAAGAAGGUACAUUUUGAUUUCCUUUUGGACAACAGCAAUAUCCUCUUGUCUAGACCAAGUUUGAGAGGCUCGACUCCAUUGGAUGUGGCAUAUUCAUCUCUAAUGGAAAACACCGAAUUGGCUUUGGCUCUGAGAGAACAUUACUUGGAGAAGAUUGCCGUUUAUCUAUCGCGGUGCGGUCUACAAUCUAACUCUGAAUUGGUGGAGAAGGGAUAUCCUGAUUUAGGUUGGGAUCCGGUAGAAGGCGAAAGAUAUUUAGAUUUCUUGAGAUACUGCGUUUGGGUUAACGGCGAGAGCGUUGAAGAAAAUGCCAACUUGGUAAUCAGGUUGCUCAUCAGAAGACCAGAAUGUUUAGGUCCUGCUUUAAGAGGCGAAGGUGAAGGUCUUCUGAGGGCCAUCAUCGAUGCCAACAAAAUGUCGGAACGUAUUUCUGAUCGAAGAAGAAUGAUGGAGGAAGCUGAAGGCACGGUGAACGUAGCUCAAUUCCAGCAUCCUUUACCUGAAAAUGAUGAUGACGAAGAUUACAUCGAUACCGGUGCAGCAAUUCUUUCCUUCUACUGCACUCUGGUAGAUCUUUUGGGUAGAUGCGCUCCGGAUAGUUCAGUUAUCGCUUUGGGUAAAAAUGAAUCGCUUCGCGCUAGAGCUAUUCUCUGUUCUUUGGUACCUUUAGAAGAUCUGCAAGGAGUACUAAGUUUGAAGUUUACGAUUCAUAAUCCAGCGGCUGGAGAAGAAAGACCAAAAUCUGAUAUGCCUUCCGGUUUAUUGCCUGGUCAUAAACAAUCAGUCGUACUCUUUCUGGAACGCGUUUAUGGCAUUGAAACGCAAGAACUGUUUUUCAAACUUCUCGAAGAAGCUUUCUUGCCAGAUUUGAGAUGCGCCACAAUUCUCGAUAGAAACGAUGGAAGCGAAUCCGAUAUGGCUCUAAGCAUGAAUCGUUAUAUUGGAAACUCCAUUUUACCUUUGCUUAUCCAACAUAGUAAGUUCUACAGCGAGGCUGAGAACUAUGCGGCAUUAUUGGAUGCCUCUCUACAUACAGUUUAUCGGUUAUCCAAGAAUCGUAUGUUAACUAAGGGUCAAAGAGAAUGCGUUUCUGACUUUUUGGUGGCUCUUACAAGUGCAAUGCAACCAGCUAUGUUGCUCAAACUAUUGAGAAAGCUUACCGUUGAUGUCUCCAACUUAUCCGAGUACACGACUGUCGCCUUAAGAUUGUUAACUUUGCAUUACGAUCGUUGCGCUAAGUAUUACGGAUCUACCGGAGGUCAAGGGAUGUAUGGAGCAUCUUCCGAUGAAGAAAAGAGAUUAACCAUGAUGUUGUUCUCUAACAUCUUUGAUUCAUUGAGCAAAAUGGAUUACGAUCCAGAGUUAUUCGGUAAAGCACUUCCAUGUCUCACGGCAAUCGGUUGCGCUUUGCCACCGGAUUACUCUCUAUCCAAGAAUUACGAUGAUGAAUGGUACGCCAAUAAGAGUGGUCCCGACGGCCCUUACAAUCCACUUCCAAUUAACACGUCUUCGGUCAUCCUGAAUAACGAUUUGAAUUCAAUAGUGCAGAAGUUCUCGGAACACUACCACGACGCCUGGGCGUCCAGAAAACUGGAGAACAGUUGGCAAUACGGUGAAUCGUGGUCAGACCACAAUAAGACUCAUCCUAGAUUGAAGCCUUACAACAUGCUUAACGAUUACGAGAAAGAACGUUACAAAGAGCCAGUUCGUGAAUCAUUGAAAGCUUUGUUAGCAAUCGGAUGGUCCGUGGAGCAUACCGAAGUCGAUGUCCCAUCAAACAACAGGAAUUCCAUUCGUCGAUCGUCCAAGAACGAGGCCAAUUCUCCUUUCAAUUACAACCCUCAUCCAGUCGAUAUGUCAAAUUUGACUUUGUCCCGUGAGAUGCAGAAUAUGGCUGAGCGAUUGGCCGAGAAUGCUCAUGACAUUUGGGCCAAAAAGAAAAAGGAAGAGUUGAACACGUGCGGUGGUGGUAUUCAUCCACAAUUGGUACCUUACGAUUUGCUCACCGACAAAGAAAAGAAGAAGGAUAGGGAAAGGUCUCAAGAAUUCCUAAAAUAUCUUCAAUACCAGGGAUACAAAUUACACAGACCAACUCGUGGGGGACAAGGUGAAACUGAACAAGGAACUGCAGGUCCAGCAGUGGAACUUCGCUUCGCUUAUAGUUUAUUGGAAAAGUUGAUUCAAUACUUGGACAGAGCUACCAUCAACAUGAAACUCUUGAAACCAUCUUCCACUUUCAGUCGUCGAUCAUCUUUCAAGACCUCAACGAGAGACAUCAAAUUUUUCUCCAAAGUCGUUCUUCCAUUGAUGGAAAAAUACUUCUCAACCCAUCGUAAUUACUUUAUUGCAGUCGCAACUGCCACCAAUAACGUUGGAGCUGCUAGCUUGAAAGAAAAAGAAAUGGUAGCAUCGUUGUUCUGCAAACUUGCGAGUUUGCUAAGAUCUCGAUUGGCUGCAUUCGGAGCUGAUAUUAGGAUUACUGUCAGAUGUCUUCAAGUUCUCGUCAAGGGAGUAGACGCGAAGUCUUUAGUCAAAAGUUGCCCGGAGUUUAUUCGUACUUCCAUGCUCACUUUCUUCAACAACACUGCCGAUGAUUUAGGCCAUACAAUCAUCAAUUUACAAGAGGGCAAAUAUAGUCAUCUUCGAGGAACUCAUCUAAAAACUUCAACUUCCCUCUUCUAUAUAAACCACGUGGUUCUACCAGUUUUAACAGCGAUGUUCGAUCACUUAGCGAAUUGCGAAUACGGAAGUGAUUUACUUUUGGAUGAAAUCCAAGUUGCUUCUUACAAGAUUUUAGCUUCGCUCUAUACAUUGGGAACCGAUCAAACCUUGACGCACGAACGGAAAUAUAUUAAAACCGAAAUCGAAAGACAUAAGCCGGCUUUAGGUUCAUGUUUGGGAGCUUUCGGUUCUUGUUUCCCCGUCGCUUAUUUGGAACCACAUCUCAACAAGCACAAUCAAUUUUCUUUGCUGAAUCGCAUUGCUGAUCACUCAUUGGAAGCUCAAGAUAUAAUGUCUAAAAUGGAAAGUUCCAUGCCGACGUUAGAGACAAUUCUGACAGAAGUCGAUCAGUUUGUGGAAAGCAAUAAAACUUAUGCGGAUGAUAUGCACGUUAUUGAUGUGAUUAUGCCGAUGCUAUGUUCGUACCUUCCGUAUUGGUGGGGUCAAGGACCGGAUAAUGUCAGCCCAACUGCAGGUAAUCACGUAACCAUGGUAACUGCAGAGCACAUGAAUCAGCUACUGAAGAAUGUGCUUAAGCUUAUCAAGAAGAACAUCGGCAACGAAACGGCUCCGUGGAUGACAAGAAUUGCUGCCUACACGCAGCAAAUUAUCAUCAACAGUAGCGAAGAAUUAUUGAAGGAUCCAUUCCUGCCGUUGGCUGAGAGAGUCAAAAAGCGUACGGAAACCAUGUUCCACAAGGAAGAAAGUUUAAGGGGUUUCAUCAAAAGCUCCACAGAAGAUACAUCCCAAAUUGAGGCGCAAAUUCAAGAAGAUUGGCAUUUGCUUGUCCGCGAUAUAUACUCCUUUUAUCCGCUGCUUAUUAAAUACGUCGACUUGCAACGUAAUCACUGGCUCAGGCAUAAUAUUGAGGAGGCGGAAGAAUUGUACAAUCACAUUGCUGAGAUUUUCAACAUUUGGUCCAAGUCUCAGUACUUCUUGCGAGAAGAACAAAACUUUAUUUCCGCCAAUGAAAUUGAUAAUAUGGUUUUGAUUAUGCCGACGGCGACGAGAAGGCCGGUGAUAACCGAUGGUGCUCAACCGAGCGGUGGUAAAAAGAAAAAGAAACAUCGCGAUAAGAAGAGGGAUAAGGGCAAGGAGAUUCAAGCCUCUUUGAUGGUGGCAUGCUUGAAGAGAUUGUUGCCUGUAGGUUUGAAUCUCUUCGCUGGGAGAGAACAAGAGUUGGUGCAACAUUGCAAAGAUAGGUUUUUGAAGAAAAUGCCUGAGUAUGAUAUCAUUGACUUUGCAAAAACGCAAUUAACUCUUCCGGAUAAGAUCGAUCCGGCUGAUGAAAUGUCCUGGCAACACUUCCUUUACAGCCAGUUGGGCAGCAAGAAGUGCGUCACAGUCACAUCCACUGACUUGAAUGGCAAGAAUCAACUGGAAGAGACGGUUGAUAGGAUCGUGGCCAUGUCCAAAGUACUCUUCGGUCUGCACAUGGCUACACGUCCUAAAGUUAACAAAGACGGUUGGCGCCGCGUGCUGAACGCGGCAAGGAAACGUGCGGCCGUUGCUUGUCUCAGAUGUAGACCACUUUAUAAAAUUAGCAGGCAUAGGGCGAUCAAUCUAUUUGCUCGUACUUAUUAUGAACUAUGGCUGCAAGAUGAAAAUGUCGGUCAAGAGGUUCUCAUUGAAGAUCUUACUCAGAGCUUCGAGGACUCCGAAUUGAAGAAGCAAGAAGCCGAAGAAGAGGAAGGUAAACCUGAUCCUCUAACGCAAUUGGUGACAACCUUCUGUAGAGGUGCGAUGACUGAGCGUUCAGGCGCUUUACAGGAAGAUCCUCUUUACAUGAGCUACGCUGAAAUCAUUGCAAAAUCUUGUGGUGAGGAAGAGGAAGAAGGCGAGGGCGAAGGUGAAGAAGAAGGCGGAGAAGGUGAAGAAGCUGCAGCUUCGAUUCAUGAACAAGAGAUGGAGAAGCAAAAACUACUGUUCCAUCAAGCGAGGUUGGCGAACCGCGGCGUCGCCGAAAUGGUGUUGCUGCACAUCUCCGCCUGCAAAGGUGUUCCAUCCGAAAUGGUGAUGAAAACUCUGCAGUUGGGUAUCUCCGUAUUGCGAGGAGGCAAUGUUGACAUCCAGAUGGGGAUGUUGAACCAUCUGAAAGACAAGAAGGACGUCGGAUUCUUCACCAGCAUAGCUGGAUUGAUGAACAGUUGCAGCGUCUUAGAUUUGGACGCGUUUGAGAGGAACACAAAAGCGGAAGGUCUUGGAGUAGGGUCAGAAGGUGCUGCCGGUGAGAAGAACAUGCACGAUGCAGAGUUCACGUGUGCUCUAUUCCGUUUCAUCCAAUUGACCUGCGAAGGUCACAACUUGGAAUGGCAAAACUAUUUGCGUACUCAAGCCGGAAACACAACGACUGUUAACGUCGUUAUUUGCACAGUCGAUUAUCUGCUGAGGCUACAAGAAUCCAUUAUGGAUUUCUAUUGGCACUACUCUAGCAAACAAUUGAUCGAUCCAGCUGGUAAAGCUAAUUUCUUCAAAGCCAUCGGAGUUGCUAGUCAAGUUUUCAAUACGCUCACUGAAGUUAUCCAAGGCCCUUGCACGCUCAAUCAGCAAGCCCUUGCUCAUUCUAGGUUGUGGGAUGCCGUUGGAGGUUUCCUUUUCCUAUUCUCUCACAUGCAAGAUAAACUAUCAAAACAUUCGAGCCAAGUGGACCUUUUGAAGGAACUGUUGAAUCUCCAAAAAGACAUGAUCACUAUGAUGUUGUCUAUGCUUGAAGGAAACGUUGUUAAUGGCACGAUCGGUAAACAGAUGGUGGAUACGUUGGUAGAAAGUGCUUCGAACGUAGAACUGAUCCUGAAAUACUUCGACAUGUUCCUCAAACUUAAAGACCUAACUUCAUCUGCAAGUUUCCAAGAGAUUGAUCCCAAUAACGAGGGAUGGGUAUUACCGAAGGAUUUCAAAGAAAAGAUGGAACAACAAAAGAGUUAUACACCUGAAGAGAUUGCAUUCUUGCUGGAAUGUUGCGAAGUUAAUCACGACGGUAAAAUCGAUUACGUAGGUUUUAUUGAUAGAUUCCAUGAACCCGCGAAGGAAAUUGGUUUCAAUUUGGCUUUGCUUUUGACUAACUUAUCCGAGCACAUGCCCAAUGAGCCUAGGUUGGCCAGGUUCUUAGAAACGGCCAGUUCGGUCCUCAACUAUUUCCAACCGCUCCUGGGUCGCAUUGAAAUCAUGGGCGGUAGCAAACGUAUCGAACGUGUUUACUUCGAAAUCAAGGAAUCUAAUAUCGAACAGUGGGAGAAGCCCCAGAUUAAGGAAUCCAAGAGAGCUUUCUUCUACUCCAUUGUAACAGAAGGAGGUGAUAAGGAAAAACUGGAGGCAUUCAUUAACUUCUGCGAGGAUGCCAUUUUUGAAAUGCAACAUGCUAGUGGACUUAUGGCCGUGGAAGAGACAGCAGGACCAGGACAAGCGAGAUCUACUAGUUAUAACUACAUGACGGAUGAGGAUGAAGAGAGAGCUGGAAAGGAUCCUAUCAGGAGAAGUUAUCAGGCUAUUAAGGAUGGAAUCGCAUAUGGAAUGUCUUCACUUUCUCCUUCACAUAUCAAAUACAAGUACACCGAAAUGCAAACCAUGACAUACUACGAAAUCAUUGUGGCGUUCUUCAAAAACAUCUUCAACAUAUUCUACUAUUCAGGCUACGGAGUGUACUCUGUCUUAGGAUACUUCGGAGGUAUUCUAUUGAAUCUAAUGAGAGGACCCCAACUGGAAGAGCCACAGGAAGUUGCCAAAGAGGAAGAAAAGCCUCAACUUAGGAUAUUGCCAGCAUUACCAGCCGCUGAAGAACCAGUUGGACAAAUGCAAGCGUUCGGUUUGGAUAUCACGAAAGAAGAAGGCGGACAGAUGAAAAUGGCUCCUCACGAAUCUCCAACUAGUUCACAACAAUCGUCAAUGGAAGGUGAAGGUGAGUCAACGUCGGAAGAAGGUGCAGAAGCGCACGUUGAAGGCGAAGUUUCCACGGAACCUCCGGUAUCCUUGCAAGAUCUGUUGGGAGGUGAAGCAGCAAAAAGGGCAGCUCAAGAAAAGGUGGAAGCGCAGGCAGCUCAACAGGCAGCUAUGGCCGCGAUCGAAUCACAAAGCAAGCAAACGACAGCUGUCGAACCAUCGGCCGUCAACCAGAUCAAUUUUGGUGCAUACGCCCAAAAGGCCGUCUCGUUUUUGGCUCGUAACUUUUAUAAUUUGAAAUAUGUCGCUUUGGUUCUUGCUUUCUCUAUCAACUUUAUGCUAUUAUUCUAUAAGGUUUCGACUGUGGGUGAGGAAGGUAGCGGAAGUGGAAGUGGCAGCAGUAGCGGUUUGGAUAUUAUUGGAGAUGUGGGAUCAGGAGACGGUGGUAGCGGUUCCGGUGGAGGAGGAGGAUCGGAGGAAGAGGAAGAUCCACUAGAAUUGGUACACGUCGACGAAGACUACUUCUACAUGGCACACGUAAUGCGAUUAGCGGCAAUACUACAUUCGAUAGCCUCGCUGGCAAUGCUCAUCGCUUAUUACCAUCUCAAAGUACCUUUGGCCAUUUUCAAGCGUGAAAAGGAGAUUGCUAGGAGACUUGAAUUCGAAGGAAUUUACAUUGCUGUACAGCCGGACGACAAUUUGAUAAAAUCGCUUUGGGAUAAAUUGGUGAUAUCUGCAAAAUCGUUCCCGGUGAACUACUGGGAUAAAUUCGUCAAGAAGAAGGUGCGCCAGAAGUACAGCGAAACGUACGACUUUGAUUCGAUCAGCAAUCUGUUAGGCAUGGAGAAGACUUCGUUCACGCAAGAAGUUGAUGAAGAACCCAAGAGUAUCGUUUCGUACAUUCUGAGAAUCGAUUGGCGUUAUCAGAUUUGGAAGGCCGGCGUCACCAUAACCGACAACUCGUUCCUCUACUCCCUCUGGUAUUUCACCUUCUCCAUUCUGGGCAACUUUAACAACUUCUUCUUUGCCGCUCAUUUGAUCGACGUUGCCGUCGGUUUCAAGACGCUGAGAACUAUUUUGCAAUCGGUAACGCACAACGGAAAACAACUUGUUUUGACUGUAAUGCUGCUCACGAUCAUCGUAUACAUAUACACGGUGAUUGCGUUCAAUUUCUUCAGAAAGUUCUACCUGCAGGAAGAGGAAGAAGUAAUCGAUAAGAAAUGUCACGAUAUGUUAACCUGCUUUGUGUUCCAUUUGUACAAAGGUGUCAGAGCUGGAGGUGGAAUCGGUGAUGAGAUCGAACCACCCGACGGCGAUGACUACGAAGUUUAUCGUAUCAUAUUCGAUAUAACUUUCUUCUUCUUCGUCAUCGUCAUCCUUUUGGCCAUCAUUCAGGGUUUGAUCAUCGAUGCUUUCGGUAUGCUUCGUGAUCAGAUGGAAAACGUCAAGACGGACAUGGAAUCCAACUGCUUCAUAUGCGGCAUAGGGAAGGAUUACUUCGAUAAGGUUCCGCACGGUUUCGACACUCAUGUGCAGCAAGAACAUAAUUUAGCAAAUUACAUGUUCUUCUUGAUGCAUUUGAUCAAUAAACCGGAUACGGAAUACACGGGUCAAGAGACCUUCGUCUGGAACAUGUACCAGCAACGAUGUUGGGACUUCUUACCGGUGGGUGACUGCUUCAGGAAGCAGUACGAAGAGGAGCUGGGAGGCGGGGGCGGUUAAGAACACAACGCUCAAAAUCUUUGUAAACAUAGUAUAAAUAUACGUUAUAUUUCCUUUCUUUCCUUCCUCCUAAUCCACGAACGACGACUGCCCUUGUUUCAAAUUGCCAACGAUUUUUUUUCACAUAUAAACACACACAGCUUUAAGACCAAACAAACAGAAAACGAUAUUUGAAAUUAAAAUCACUUUGAUAUAAGUAAAGUCGUCGUCGUGGAUCCAAAUCCGUCUUUUAAACUUUUAUCUAAAAAAAAACGUUUUUUUGUAAAUACAUAGGCUUUACAGUUUGUUAAAAAUACUAUAAAAGAGAUUUCAAAGGGAAUCCAAUAAUUCUAUAAGGUGAAAAUUAAUAAAGCGAAUCGCUUCCGAA